AUGGCCUACAACAAAGACCUAAUCCCACCUCUUCUUCUUUACAGCACCAACUACACAACUUCUCAGACUCUUGCUCAUUGCAAUACUAACGACAUCAGAAAUGAGGAGCAGAUCAUAACCGGUUCCGUAAGAGAACCCAACAAAGAGAGGGAAAAGUACAUGCAGUCACGUUGGAAUCCCACGCCUGAGCAGAUGAUGGUGCUUGAAGAGGUCUACAGCAGCGGAACGCGGACGCCUACGACCCAACAGAUCCAAGAGAUUGCAUCUAAGCUCCAAAAGUAUGGGAGAAUUGAGGGAAAGAACGUUUUCUACUGGUUCCAAAACCACAAGUCAAGGGAGAGACUGAAACGACGCCGUUCUGAUCAACAAGGAGAAGUUGCUAUCAAUAACGUUCAUGAAGCAGCACUACGUAAGGGCAAUGUGGCUACGGGAAACAAGGAUUCAUCAUCAGUCUUGAGAAGGAGAGGUGAGCAACGAGUUAUUCACACAAAGACUUGCUUCACGUCUUUACACACACACCCACAGAACAAUUAUUUUGACAAUGAUGGGAAGACGGAGGAUUAUGAAAGGGGGUUGGAGGAAAAAGAAGGCAAGUGGCGAAAUCAGAUAAACCCAAUUAACACUUCAGACAGUAGCAGUAACUACCAUGUGAUCAUUACUUCUAAAAGAAGGCAAGAAGCAGAGCACCACCAGUACAAUAUGAAUGAAGAGGAAGAAACAAGAAAAAGCCGAACGCUAAAUCUCUUCCCGGUUAUAGAGAACCAAGAGAAACCCGGGGCAACCGGUUUUGCAGAGGAGAACACAAAACCAAACCAGUUGUGCUGCAACUACUAUUAUUAUUACGAGUUCAUGCCUCUGAUAAACUGA